AUGGGGAGUGAAACUGUUCUCUCUCUGCUGCUUCUGUCACUCAUAGGUGGAGUGAUUUCACAGAAUUUGGGACCCCUCUACCAAGUUGUUGGGACAACAAGCUCUCACUCAGAUGAUGGGAGUUCUCCUGCAAUUCCACUGCUACGACCCUUUGUUUAUUUUGGAGCAACGAAAACUCAGAUUUAUGUGAAUCACAAUGGACACCUGACCUUUGAGGAACCAUGGUACAGUUAUGUCCCCCAACCGUUUCCAUUGUAUGGUGUUAGAGACAUCAUUGCUCCAUUCUGGACAGAUUUAGACAACAGAAACAAUGGUGAUGUUUAUUAUGCUCAGUACACCAGYGGCCAUUUUCUGCAACAAGUUACUCAGGACAUCAAUCAAUACUUCCCGGGACUUAAUUUUAAUGCCAACUGGAUCUUUAUAGCUACAUGGUAUGAGGUGGCAUACUUUCCAGUCACUGSAACACGAACCACAUUUCAGGCAGUCUUGACUACAAAUGGCCAUUACUCAUUUGUACUGAUGAAUUAUGGGUACCUAGCACCCACAUACAGGUCUAUAGAGGCUGGAUAUGACACAGUUAAUUCCAUUCACCACUUCACCAUCCCUGGAUCAUUCUCUAAUAAUGUAACUGGAAGCGACUCAGUUUUCAGCCUCGGCAGUAACGUCAAUGUUCCUGGUCGCUGGGCUUUCCGUGUUGAUUAUGGGUCAAGAGGAUGCACUUUCAAUGGUGAAUCUGUGCAACGUGGUGACUCUUUCUGGACUGACAGCACCUGUUUACAGAGGUGCACCUGCACCUCAACAGGACUGCAAUGUUUCAAUGAGCCCUGCUCCUUCUCCCAAAUCUGCCAACCAACCUCCUUUCAAUACUCCUGUCAGACAGUGCAGAGACGCACCUGCAGCAUCAGUGGAGAUCCACAUUACUACACUUUUGAUAGCCAAGUGUUUCACUUUCAGGGCACAUGCACUUAUGUUCUAUCAGAGCAGUGUCAGAAUGGCCUGCCCUACUAUAGAGUAGAGGGCAAGAAUGAGCAUCGAGGCAGCACUCAUGUUUCCUGGACACGCCUGGUUAAAGUGUUUGUCUACAAUGAAACUAUUGAGCUUGUUAAAGAUCACAGUGGCGAGGCUAAAGUCAAUGGAAACUUUGCAACAACUCCAUUUUCACUGAGAAAUGGCACAGUUCAGGUUUAUCAGUCUGGUUUCUCUGUGAUUAUCAGCACUGACUUUGGCCUGAUGGUGUCUUAUGAUACAUAUUCAUAUGUUCAAAUCAGUGUGCCUUACACCUACCAGAAUGCAACAUGUGGCCUCUGUGGAAACUUCAACAAUCAACCUGGAGAUGAUUUCAGAACUCGUGAAGGCCAGGUUGUGAGCUCUGAUGUGGAUUUUGCCAACAGCUGGCAAGCAACUGAUGAUGAUGAUCCUAGUUGUGGGGCACAGUGUGGAGGUCUUGCCUGUGCUGCCUGCACUGCAGCGCAGACAUCAUUAUACAGCAACACUGAGCAUUGUGGUAUUCUCCAGAGCAGUUCUGGACCAUUUGCUGCAUGCCACCAACGACUUCCCCCACAAACAUAUGUAGACAGUUGUGUGUAUGAUCUGUGUGUGGGUGGAGGGUAUCAGCCCAUUCUGUGUCAAGCCCUAAACACGUAUGCAAGUCAGUGUCAGCAAAAUGGCAUCCAGCCACAACCCUGGAGGAGAAAUGGCUUCUGUGAAAUAUCAUGUCCAGCUAACAGCCACUUUGAGUCCCAAGGGACAGGAUGUCCAGCCACUUGUGUAAACCCCAAUUCCACAGUCAACUGCCCUCUUCCUGAUCAGGAGAGCUGUGUCUGUGACUCAGGCUAUGUUCUCAGUGGUGGGGUCUGUGUCCUUGGUGCUGAUUGUGGCUGCAGCUUUGAGGGCCGGUACUACCGCUCAGGAGACACUGCAAUACUAGAUGAGGACUGUGGGAGACAGUGCCGAUGCAGUUCUGGCUCCAUGACUUGCAGCCCUCAUAGCUGUGGCCUCAAUGAAACCUGCAGGGUUGAGAAUGGAGAAAGAGGUUGCAGACCAAACAGCUAUGCAACUUGCUGGAUAAGAGACCCAGGGUCAUAUCAAACGUUUGAUGGACUGACAUACCAAUAUCCUGGAGCAUGUCGCUUGACUCUCGCCAAAGUCUUUGGAUCGUCUAACCAGCCUCUCUUUAUGGUGACUGCAGAAAAAGUACCAAGAGCCCAACAAGGUUUUACCAAUUUGUUAAAAAUCGAGGCAGAGGGAAGGCAAGUUACCAUUGAAAUGGCAAGCAGUAGCACAGUUCAGGUUGAUGGCCAGCUGAUCAGACUGCCUUACAGUUCUGGGUCCAACCAAAUCCACAUCUACCAGAGCAACACUCAAAGCAUCAUCCUUCGCACAACAUUUGGUCUAACUGUGCAAACUGUUUGGCCUGACCUUGUGCGUAUCACAGUACCUGCUGUCUACAGUAGUUCCUUAGGUGGACUUUGUGGUAACUACAAUAAUAAUCCACAUGAUGACCUCCGCACCCCCAAUGGCACUCUGCUUAACAGUUCUCAGGAGUUUGGGGACAGUUGGAGAGAAGGCUCACUGGCAGCUGAAUGUGUUCAAAGAAGAAAUCAUGAUACUAGAAUAAAUUUCAAUUCCAGUCAGUAUUGUGGCAUUCUCAGCUCAGUGACUGGCCCUUUUACAUCAUGUUGGACUGUGGUGCCUCCAGGACAGCAGGUGGAUGCAUGUAUAACUAUCCUCCAGGACUCUACAGAUCCAGCAUCAGCACGUUGUGAGGUCCUACGAGAUUAUGUGCUAAUGUGUCAACAAAAGGGCGUUACCCUGGGACAGUGGAGAAGUAUAGUUGGGUGUGAUGUAACAUGCCCUUCAAACAGUCAUUAUGAACUCUGUGGAACAUCUUGUCCUUCCACAUGUCCUAGCCUGUCUUUCCCCUUCCCAUGUGACACCCAAUGUGAGGAAGGGUGUCAAUGCAACAGUGGUUUUGUCCUCAAUGGUAACCAGUGUGUGCCACCAACAUCCUGUGGGUGUUAUCAUCAAGGACGCUAUAGGCAAGAUGGAGAACAGUUCUGGGAUGGUGGAGAAUGUCAGACUUUAUGCACUUGUAAUGGCACAACUGGUGCAGUUCAGUGUUUCCACAGUUCCUGUGGUCCUCAGGAGUCCUGUAGAGUGUUGGGGAGUGAGUUUGGCUGCCAUCCCAACCCUAAUGGCACCUGCUCUGCCUCUGGAGAUCCUCACUACCUUACCUUUGAUGGCACACGAUUUGACUUCCAGGGAACCUGUCGUUAUGUUCUGGUGACAGUCUGCAAUGACGCUCAUGAGCUUCCCAGUUUUUCUGUGGAAGCUAAGAAUGAGCCAUUGGUUGGUUUACCAAUUUCUAUCACAACUGAAGUCCUUGUUAACGUGUUCAACUAUGGUGUGCGUAUGUCCAGAGUCAACAGGGGUUUGGUAGAGGUAAACGGAAUAACAAGAAACUUGCCCAUUGUCCUGAAUGGAAACAUAACUGUUUCUGUAAGUGGAUAUCAAACAUUUGUCAGAACUGAUUUUGGCUUGACUGUGAUGUAUGAUGGAAGCAGCACAGUGUCCAUCACUGUACCACCAAACUACAGAGGAAAAACAUGUGGACUUUGUGGAAACUUUAAUGGAAAUCCAAAUGAUGACUUCCACACCCCAGAUGGAACAACAGUCUUUUCUCCAGAUGUUUUUGGGACAGCCUGGAAGGUGCCUGGUAACUACUCCUGCAGUGGUGGUUGUGGCUCCUCUUGUCCACGCUGCACUGAUGACCAACCUGCCAGAGCUCAGUGUGAAGUGAUUCAGGCAGCCGAUGGGCCCUUCAGCUUCUGCCAUGAAGUUGUGGAUCCAGCUCCGUAUUUCAGUGACUGUGUGUUUGAUGUCUGUGUGUCGGGAAAUCAAGGACACAAUCUUCUCUGCCGAGCUCUUGAAUCAUACGUCAGCGCCUGUCAGUCUGCGAAUGUCCGGAUCCUCCCUUGGAGGCAAAACACUACUUGCAGACUGGACUGUCCAGCCAACAGUCACUAUGAACUGUGUGGAACAGACUGUGGACAGACCUGCGUCAACAACAAUGCUACAACCUGUGAGCAGGUUUGCUCUGAGGGAUGUUUCUGUGAUGACGGCUUUGUCAGGAGUGGAACAACAUGUGUUCCUACAGAGAGCUGUGGCUGUCAGUCACAUGAUUUCUACUACAAUGCUGGCGAAAUCUUUUGGACAGACGGCUGCUCCCAGAGAUGUGAAUGUCGUGGUCCCAAUGACCUGCGCUGCACUCCUGUAUCAUGCACUCCCACACAGGAGUGCACCAUCAGAAAUGGCCAGCUGGGAUGUUAUGAUGCAAUGUCUACCUGCACUGUGAUGGGGGACCCACACUACAUUACCUUCGAUGGAGCUCUGGCCCAUUUCCAGGGGACAUGCUCGUACAUUAUUACUGAGAGCAUUGGAAACAACAGUGAAACCCAGUUCAAGGUCAUAGCCACCAACAGUCACCGUGGCAACAAUCGUGUGUCAUUUGUGUCGUCAGUAGAUAUUUACAUCUCAAAUGAGUCAAAUGAAAUACAUGUGAGACUUGGACCCAACAUAAGAGUGAAGGUAAAUGGAACAGAGGAGUCUCUUCCCACCUCUGCAGGACCCUUUGGUCAGCUGAGGAAGCAGGGAAGCUAUAUUGUGUUUGAUGGUGUUUACUUCAAAGUUCAGUUUGAUGGUCGGAGCACUUUACUGGUCAGGAUUGGCCAACACUAUCAGAACAGAAUCACUGGGAUGUGUGGGAAUUUCAAUGGUGAUCCUACUGAUGACAAAGUGUUGCCAAAUGGCGCCGUUGCACAAAAUGACAAUCAGUUUGGUGACAGCUGGAAAUCACCAACCAGCCAAACAGGAUGUGGCUCUACUGAUAAUAGAAGUGGUGAUGGACUGAGUGGUUGUCGCUUUAUCCAAGAAUACACCGACCUCUGCAGCAUCAUCACCAACACCAGCGGUCCAUUCAGUUCCUGUCACCUGCACUCUAACCCACAGCCAUUCUUUGACUCCUGUGUCUACGAUCUCUGCCUCUACACUCCAGCCAAUGGCAUGCUGUGUUCUGCUGUCUCAGCCUAUGACAGAACCUGCUCCGUUUUAGGACUGAACAUUCCAGACUGGCGCUCUGCUUUGCACUGUGAUGAAGCAGACCCCUGUGAAGAGCUGGACUGUGCAGAGUAUGAGUGGUGUGGCAAGAAAGACGGUGUGUACGGCUGCUUCUGUGAUGAACACCAUCAUAGACCCAAUAAUGAAAGCUAUGACUCGGCCAUCACUUGUGCCAGCAGUUCAGGCACCAUGUCUGUGUCUCGAUGCCAGCUGUUUGAAGCAGGUUUCCAUUCCGAAGCCCUCCAUCUCAGAGAUAAUUCCUGCAAUGGUACCAUUCAGGACGGUCGACUCGUGUUCCAUUUUGACAACGAUGACCACCUGUGCGGGACAGUUCUCAGGAGCAAUGGAUCACACUUCAUGUAUGAGAACACCAUUCGAGGUAGUGUGGAUCCUCAAGGAGGUGUAAUCAGCCGUGAGAAAAGCAUACAUCUCUGUUUCAGCUGUGCUUACCCUCUGACUCAGGCUGUUUCAAUGGAUGUGAGAAUCAACCCUGUGGAGAGUCGCUUAAGGAAAAGGCUUCCAGUCGGCAGAGGUUCGUAUUCUGUGAGAAUGAUCCCCUAUACGGACGAAAACUUCCACUUUCCCCUCACCACUAAUGCUGAAGGUAACAUAGACAUGGGGAUAGAUGAGAGGUUUUACCUUGAGGUGCGAACAGAGGGAGUGGAUCAGCGCCAGAUCUCCACUGUUCUAGACUCAUGUUGGGCCACACCAGACAACAACACAAACAACCCUCUCCGCUGGGAUCUCAUCAUUUCAGAGUGUCCCAAUCCAGCAGAUGGAACUGUAGACCUGAUUCAGAACGGUGUCUCCACCGUGGCGCGUUUCUCCUUCAAGAUGUUCACCUUCAACAACGCUGAUAAUAUCUUCCUGCACUGUAAUGUCCACUUGUGUCUCAUGAGAAACAACAGCUGCACAGCUCACUGCUACCCAGGUCACCACUCACGAUUUCAGAGGGAUGUAUCGUUUCAUGACUCUGCAGCGCUCUCUGUUGGACCAUUGUUCCUGAAGCCACGCAACGCUGGUGGGGUGAGUUCUCAAAAUCUGGGACCUCUCUAUGAGAUUGUUGGAAAUACAAGCUCUCACUCAGAUGAUGGAAGCUCCCCAGAAAUCCCUCUGCUACAACCCUUUGUUUACUUUGGACGUUCUUACACUCAGAUAUAUGUGAACCACAACGGACACCUGACCUUUACUGCUCCGUGGUCUAGUUAUGUUCCUCAACGAUUUCCAAUAAAUGGAAUAAAAGACGUCAUCGCUGCGUUCUGGACAGAUAUAAACAAUGUACCUCAUGGUGACAUCUACUAUGCUCAGUUUGACAGUGGCCAGUUUCUCCAACAAGUGACACAAGACAUCAAUAACUACUUCCCUGAAUUUGACUUUAAUGCCAAAUGGAUCUUUUUAGCCACAUGGUUUGAGGUUGCCUAUUUCGCAAAUCUUGAAGCACGGACCACAUUUCAGGCAGUCCUGACUACUGAUGGUAAAUACUCAUUUGUGUUGCUAAAUUAUGGGAACCUAACGCCUUCAUCAAGAGCCAUACAGGCUGGGUAUGACACAAUCAAUUCCACACACUACUUCUCCCUCCCUGGAUCCUUCACUAAUAAUGCAGCUGGCAACAACUCAGUUUUCAGCAAUGACAGUAACGUCAACGUACCUGGUCGCUGGGCAUUCCGUGUUGAUGAUGAUUCAACAGGACCUCUCUAUGAAGUUGUUGGAAAUACAAGCUCUCAUUCAAACGAUGGAAGCUCCCCUCAGAUUCUGCUCCUGAACCCCUUUGUUUAUUUUGGACAUCCUUACACUCAGAUAUAUGUAAACCAUAAUGGUCACCUGACUUUUAACACACCAUGGUCUAGUUAUAUUCCUCAACAGUUUCCAAUGAAUGGAACCAGAGACAUCAUUGCUGCGCUCUGGACAGACUUAAAUAAUCAAAUCAACGGKGACAUCUAUUAUGCUCAGUUCACCAGUGGCCAUUUACUCCAACAAGUGACACAGGACAUUGAUGAAUACUUCCCAGAACUUGACUUUAAAGCCAAAUGGAUCUUUAUUGCAACAUGGUACGGUGUUGCCUAUUUCGAAGACCCUGGAUCACGAACAACAUUUCAGGCAGUCUUGGCUUCUGAUGGCAAAUUCUCAUUUGUGAUGUUAAAUUAUGGUUAUCUAGAUUCUACAUUAAGGAAUGUACAGGCUGGAUAUGACACAGUUAAUUCCACUCAAUACGUCACCCUCCCUGGCUCAUUCUCAAGGAAUGCAACUGGCAACAACUCARUUUUCAGCCACGGCAGUAACGUCAACGUACCUGGUCGGUGGGUUUUCCGUGUAGAUCAGGGGCCAGCAGGACCUCUGUAUCCAAUUUCUGGAAACACAACUGAACGAUCCCUUAAUGGAAGUUCUCAAACUAUCCUUCAACAACCUUUUGUCUAUUUUGGAACAUCCUACAAUCAGACUUUUGUGAACAAUAAUGGACACUUGACUUUUACUGGUCCAUGGUUUUCAUCUUCUCCUCAAACAAUUCCAUUGUAUGGAACUAUGGAUUUUAUUGCACCAUUCUGGACAAACUUUGACAACAGAGUCAAUGGUCUGGUUUACUACAACCAGUUCACAAGUGGCAGCAUCCUGGAACAAGCAACACAGGACAUUAAUGAAUACUUCCCAGAAUUUACCUUUACUGCYAGCUGGGUUUUAGUGGCAACUUGGUAUGAGGUGGCUUACUAUCCAAACACUGGAACAAAAACAACAGUCCAGGCAGUCUUGAUUUCUGGAGGCCGGUACUCAUUUGUGCUGAUGAACUAUGGGAUAAUAGCCCCAAAUGAUUGGAAUGUACAGGCUGGAUAUGACACAGUGAAUUCCACUCACCAUAGCAGCAUCCCUGGAUCCUUCACUAAUAAUACUUCAAACGAUUACUCCGUUUUUCGCUUCAACAGUAACGUCAAUGUACCUGGCCGCUGGGCUUUUCGUGUUGAUCAAGAAUCACCAGAACCUCUCUAUGAAAUUGUUGGAACAACAAGCUCUCGAUUAGAUGAUGGAAGUUCUCCACAAAUUCAACUCCUGGACUCCUUUAUUUAUUUUGGACAGCCUUACUCUCAGAUUUAUGUGAACAACAAUGGACACAUGACGUUUAAGGCGCCAUGGUCUAGUUCAGUACCUCAACAAUUUCCAAUGAAUGGAACCAGAGACAUCAUUGCUCCGUUUUGGACAAAUUUAAACAAUGUUGUCAACGGUGACAUAUAUUAUGGUCAAUACACCAGCGGCCAUUUGCUCUACCAAAUUACACAGGACAUCAAUGAGUACUUCCCAGAUCUCCAAUUUGAUGCUAAAUGGAUCUUUAUUGUAACGUGGAAUGAGGUUGGGUAUUUCUCAGACCCUGGGACAGCAACAUUUCAGGCAGUAUUGACUACUGAUGGCAAAUACUCAUUUGUGAUGAUGAAUUAUGGGUAUUUAGCCCCCACAUCAAUGUUUACACAGGCUGGAUAUGACACAGUCAAUUCCCCRUUUUACUUCACCAUCCCUGGAUCUUUUUCUAGUAGUGCAACUGGAGGCAACUCAGUUUUAAGCCAAAACAGCAAUGUCAAUGUACCUGGUCGCUGGGUGUUCCUUGUAGAUCAUGUAACAACAGGACCUCUAUAUGAAAUUUCUGGAACAAUAACCUCUCAUGCAGAUGAUGGAAGUUCCCCACAAAUUCAACUUCUACAGCCAUUUCAUUAUUUCGAACAAUCUUAUUCUCAGAUUUAUGUGAACUACAACGGACAUCUGACAUUUAAGGAGCCAUGGUAUAGUUAUGUUCCUGAAAGGAUUCCAUUUUUUGGAACCAGAGACAUCAUUGCUCCGUUCUGGACAGAUUUAAACAAUGCAGCUGGUGGUGACAUCUACUAUGAUCAACACAUCAGUGGCCAGUUGCUCCACCAAGUUACACGAGACAUAAAUGAAUACUUCCCAGAACUAAACUUUGUUGCUAAAUGGGUCUUUAUAGCAACAUGGGAUAAGGUUUUUUACAAUUCACAGCCUUCACCAGUAACAUUUCAGGCAGUCUUGACUACUGAUGGGCAAUACUCAUUUGUGAUGAUAAAUUAUGGGUAUUUAGYACCCACAACAAAUUAUGUACAGGCUGGUUAUGACACAGUCAACUCCCUUCACUAUUUCAAUCUUCCUGGAUCUAUGUCUAGUGAUGCAACUGGAGAGAACUCAGUUUUCAGCGACAACAGUAACGUCAACAGACCUGGACGCUGGGUUUUCCGUGUUGAUUUUGGCUGCACAUUUAAUGAUAGCUACCAUAAGGUUGGUGAGAGCUUUCUGACAAAUGAUUGCUCCCAGAGAUGUGAAUGUCGUGGUCCCAAUGACCUGCGCUGCACUCCUGUAUCAUGCAGUCCCACACAGGAGUGCACCAUCAGAGAUGGCCAGCUGGGAUGUUAUGAUGCAAUGUCUACCUGCACUGUGAUGGGGGACCCACACUACAUUACCUUYGAUGGAGCUCUGGCCCAUUUCCAGGGGACAUGUUCUUACAUUAUUAUUGAAAAAGUGGGCAACAGUGAAACCCAGUUCAGUGUCAUAGCCACCAACAAUCAUCGCGGCAAAAACCGUGUGUCAUUUGUGUCGUCAGUAGAUAUUUACCUCUCAAAUGAGUCAGAUGAAAUACAUGUGAGACUUGGACCCAACAUAAGAGUGAAGGUAAAUGGAACAGAGGAGUCUCUUCCCACCUCUGCAGGACCCUUUGGUCAGGUGAUGAAGCAGGGAAGCUACAUUGUGUUUGAUGGUGUUGACUUCAAAGUUCAGUUUGAUGGUCGGAGCACUUUACUGGUCAGGAUUGGCCAACACUAUCAGAACAGAAUCACUGGGAUGUGUGGGAACUUCAAUGGUGAUCCCACUGAUGACAAAGUGUUGCCAAAUGGCACAGUUGCACAAAAUGAUAAUCAGUUUGGUGAYAGCUGGAAAUCACCAACCAGUCAAACAGGAUGUGGAGCCACAGAUGUAGGAUAUAAUGGACUUAGUAACUGUAGCUUAAUCAAAGAAUACACCGACCUCUGCAGCAUCAUCACCAACACCAGCGGUCCAUUCAGUUCCUGUCACCUGCACUCUGACCCACAGCCAUUCUUUGACUCCUGUGUCUAUGAUCUCUGCCUCUACACUCCAGCCAAUGGCAUGCUGUGUUCUGACAUCUCAGCCUAUGACAGAACCUGCUCUGUUUUGGGACUGAACAUCUCCGACUGGCGCUCUGCUUUGCACUGUGAUGUGGCAGACCUCUGUGAGCAGCUGGACUGUGGAGAAUAUGAGUGGUGUGGUCAGAAAGAUGGUGUGUACGGCUGUUUCUGUGAUGAAAAUCAUAGACCCAACACUGAAAGCUUUGAUUCAGUCCUCACUUGUUCUGGCAGUUCAAGCACCAUUUCUUUGUCCCGCUGCCAGCUGUUUGAAGCAGGUCUCAACUCCGAUGCGCUCCAUCUCAGAAAUACCUCCUGCACUGCGACUCUCCAGGACGGUCGACUCGUGUUCAACUUCGACAACGAUGACCACCAGUGUGGGACCAUUCUAAAGAGCAAUGAAACACACUUCAUGUAUGAAAAUGCCAUUUUGGGUGGCGUAGAAACGAACACAAGUUUAAUCAGACGUACACAACCCGUCAACUUGAUUUACUCCUGCGUUUAUCCUCUGAAUGAAUCAACAUCAAUGACUGUGAAACUUAAGCCUGUGGAGAGCAAUAUAAUAAAAAGACUUCCACCUGGCAGCAGUUUGUAUAAAGUGAGAAUGAUCCCCUACGUGGAUGAAGACUUCAAGCUCGCCUUCAUGAACAGUACAUUAGACGUGACAUUAAAUCAGAAGGUGUAUGUGGAGGUGCGAACAGAGGCAGUGGAUGAGAAACAGGUUUCCACAGUCCUGGACUCGUGCUGGGCCACACCAGACAACAGCCCUACCAACCCUGUCCGCUGGGAUCUCAUUGUUUCAAUGUGCCCAAAUCCAGCUGAUAAAACUGUAGCUGUGAUUCAGAAUGGUGUCUCCACUGUGGCACGUUUUGUAUUUGGGAUGUUCACCUUUCAAAACUCGGACGAGAUCCACUUGCACUGCAAGAUCCACUUGUGUCUGCUGGCAAACAACAAUUGCACAACUCUCUGCCAACCGGGUCACAACUUGCGAAUUCGGAGGGACACAUCGUACCAUGACACUACAGCUCUAUCAUUGGGACCGAUGCUCUUAAAAUAACAAUACUUCAGUCUAGUUAGUUUGCUWAUCACUAAAACUCUGGUCAGACUAGUUCAAAAAGAAAACUUAUUUUUUCAACACUACUUUUUUGCUCAAUCAACAAUAAAAAUAUAUGGCAAUUGUGAGGGCUAUUCAUUGAGUUGUACUUCAGUCAAGUGGAAAACUGCAAUAAUUUUAAUUUGCAACAACUGGGGGUCAUAUUUUUUACUGUUGCCCUUUCCUGUUUUUUUGGGGGGRAUUUCUGCCAUUACCUGUGAGUCAUUGGAAAAGAGUGAUGUGUAAUUUGUGCUGUAUAGUAUGAAGGAAUCUGUGAACUAAGUUAUUGUUAAAAGCAACUAUCAAAAUGCCAAUAUGCACAGCUAAACAUAAUAAUUUAUCAUUGCCUGUUGUAGUUUGUUGUUUGAGUGUCAUAAAAAUGUGAUGCUCCAGUAUAUUUAUUGUAGUACAUUUGAUUGGAAAACUGGUGUGUUAGCUUAAUAAAAUUAUAUGGUCUGUUAGUAGGUCAGACUGUAAAAUUUAAAUUUGUCCUAAUAAAAAAAGUUAGCAUUGUUCACACAAA